UGUCAUAUUCUUCCCAUGCGGAGCAAAUUGUACAAAACAUGAAAAUUGAAGUGGUAUCGGCACUACCGCACUCGACGGUCCAUUCGGCAGUCCUUUCGCGUCGACACCGCUCCGUCAUCUGCGCGGGACCAUACGAAGUGCUUCCACUGGAGGGGUGUUCUGAGCCGCUCCCAAGCACCUCAACUCUCAGUGAGCUACCCAUCGAGUGCCUCCGACUCUCCACAGAUGAACGGACGAUCGGUGCGGCGACAAAUGCGAUUCUCAAAGUUGCGGAUAUUAUAACAGGUCACGAGGUGCGGAAUCUAACGGGACACACCUUGCCAAUAACCUCCCUAGCCGCUAGCAAGUUCAACCCUUACUGCUGGUACACCGGGUCAUCGGAUUGUGAUUGGACGCAGUGGGAUACUAGGAUGAAUCCGUCUAAAAUUUUCGGGUCCAAAACCCCUGGCGUUGUUCGAAGUAUCGCAUUAUCACCUGGUGAUCGCUAUGUAGCAGUUGGCACCGACGAAACUAUACAGAUUUUCGACGCCAGGCAGCGGGAAUUUAUCAAAACUUUUAACUGUUCGGGUCACGCACUAGAGCUUCACCCCAGCGAUGUGCUCCUCUCCUCCGUUGGUCAUGAUAGGAUAGUUCGGUUUUUCUGCCUAGAGACUUUUGAAAUGAUAUCUCAAUCCGAUCCGUUUCUGGAUGAUAUUCAAGCCAGCGCUUUUGAUACCCACGUCAUGAUAGCUGCUACCAAUGAUUCUAUCAACCUGCUCACUUGGGAGCCCUGCUGUGAUAUUCUAACGACAGUACCUCUGAAAAAUGUGGAGAAGGUCGUCAACGUGAAUGCAAACGGUCUGGAUUUAGACUUUAUUUGCAUUGGAGACAACACUGAACGUCUCGAAAUGCGCACCUACGCUAUAGAAGAGCUGCUCUCCUAUUCGCCGAGCCACGAGCUCUGCGGGAGCAUUUACGAGGAGGAUGAGGAUGUGGAUAACUCGCCGAUUGAUGAGGUAAAAGCGCUACCGGAGCUCACAGAGUUAUCGAAUUUGCCGCCGAGGUCGCCUGGCUUGUCAUGUGAAGAGACGGAGACGUCAGCGUCACCUGUGAAUAGUAGCAGCAGCCAUUCUAGCCCGACUAGUCCCGUUAAGCCAGCUCCCGUCAAACACCGAUCGGCAUCUCAGAAGCUUCCUGGAAAAUCGACCAAGACCCUGAACCCAAAACCAGCGGGGUCCACACGCUCUGUGACCCCAGUCUCCACAAAGCCACCUCGAACAUUUGGCACCGCAAAGAGUGUGAUUGUCUCGUCGAAGCCAUCACUAAGCGGGUACAAUAACCGCGCGAAUCCGUCGCCUUCUAUGUCGGAUUUGAGGACGACAAAGUCGAUGGCAGGGUCUACGACGUCUUUGUUGAGUGAGAGGGCUCCGAAGAAGCGGUCAACGUCGAGCCGCCGUAACCAAGAGCCCAUCACCAUCACCUACAUUGGCCGCCCACGUACCCCUAGCGAAGGAGACGUCGCAUCUACAGUAUCCUCCUCCACAUCCCGCAACCGUCGCCCAUCGCCUUCCGUGGCGAAGAAGACCUCCCCUCCGUCAAUCUACGCGAUCACCUCUUCCCCGGCCAAGCGUGCCUCCUCCACCGCUUCAGGGCCUACUGCCAGACGCCAGAAUUCCACGUCAUCGGUGACCUCUACCACGUCGGCCAAGACGCCUGUAGGGGUCUGGGGAGCUUGUAUAGAAACUGUACAUGACAUCGGGAUAGUUGCGAAGAAGGAGAAUAGAAACAUCCGACGGCUCAAGAUGCUUACCUCCCGUCGAACGAGCAACGUGGAUAUCCCUCCAGAAGUGUGCUCCGAUGAGCAACUAGUGUUAACCGCCACGAGGAUACUGAGCAGGAGGAACGAUUGGUCAUUGAACAGCUGUCAUGCCUACCUUCCAGUCAUAAUAGACAACAUAGCCAGUGUAGACGUUACAAAUCGAGCUAUAGCCCUGGAGGGUCUCGCAGCGAUCGCUGACACCCUGGGGGAGAGGCUCGUGAAGUUUGCGUCCAUGAACUCCCAUAGGAUAGGAGUAGAUGUGGCGGCGGAGGAGAGGGCCGAGAAGGCGAAGGCAUGUGUUCAGCACCUCCGCUCCCUGGUCAAAAAACGCGACUGGUACUACAAACAACUCGACGAGCCAUCCAUUCUCAAACUCGACCCGAUUCUAGAGCUUUUAAAGAAGAUCUAGCUACCUCAUCUGUGAUAUAUUGUUAAGCAUUCCCACCACCACUCGCAUUUUUGUUCUUUUGUCUUGUCUUUCAGUCAUUUGGGUCAGAGAUUUUCAGGUUUCUCUACGAAUUCCCUCUUUUUAAUAAAUCAUUGAAUCAU